AUGUCUCUACAGACGCCGCGCAUUCUUCCAUCGCAUCUACAAGCUUUUCAUGCGUCGUCUGGUGGCCACCAACGGAUCAAUACUGUCCGGAUUCUCGGCACAGUAACCGCACUCCGCGGCGAUACAGCAGUUGUAACAUGCGGCAAUCACGGCGACGUCACGUUACUGCUCCAACCGGAUUCGCAUCUACAGAUGGGUAAAUUAUUUGAGAUUGUCGGGAAGGUUGUUCAAUUGGAUGGGGGUCAGGGCUUGGGUAUCAAUGUGCUGGGGACUGUAGACUGGGAGAAUCCUGCGGAUUUUGACUACAAAAUUUAUGAGCAACUCGUUGAUGUCACGCACCGGUACAAGGAAAUAUUUUACGACGCGGAUAACUGA